UGGUUCUCACGGAAUCCCUUUACGCACAUAGCUGGCCAGGUUUUUUCCCAACAGCAAUCCACUCUUCCCCUCCUUUUUUCUCCACUCCCCUCUGCUGUCCCCACCCCAGAUUCCCGUGCAAUUUUCCCCAAUCCCAAACACUUAAUUGAGCAAUUGGGAUUCCUCACGUGUGGGCUGAUUUGUAGUUUGAACACGUGGCUCAUUCAAAAAGCCGGAAUAGCAAGAGGAUUUUUUUCUCCCCCUUCUUCUUCUUCUUCUUAUUCUAGGCUCUAGACUUAGAGGCGGGCGCCAGCCUUACCCUGUGUGACAUUCUCUGUCUCUUUGCCAAGGGGUUUGGAGGAAGACACAAAGUAGUUUCUCCUCCUUUUCACCCAGCCAGCCAUCGUUUGGAGACACGAGAUUAAUAAUUGAGCAUUUAUUUAUUGCGCGAUAGAGGCAGAGGGGCGAGGGAGCGCAAACGCACUGUGAGGCUGCCAGUUUAAAUCUAUCUGUGGCUUGAACGACCGGGAAGCACGCCACAGCCACUCCGUAGUAGUAAAGGCGAUUUAGGCUACUCCAAACACUGCACAUCAGUGAGAGCAAAUAACUAUCUCUCCCUCAGCGUAAAGAUUGUCCCUUUAUCGGCGCAGAACAUGAAUAAGCUAUACAUUGGCAACGUGAGCGCAGAGGCGAGCGAGGAGGACUUCGAAACUAUCUUUGAGCAGUGGAAGAUUCCGCACAGUGGUCCAUUUCUUGUCAAAACUGGCUAUGCGUUUGUGGAUUGCCCGGACGAGAAGGCUGCAAUGAAGGCCAUCGAUGUUCUUUCAGGUAAAGUUGAACUUCAUGGGAAAGUUCUCGAAGUGGAGCACUCUGUCCCUAAACGUCAAAGGAGCUGUAAGCUGCAGAUCAGGAACAUCCCGCCUCACAUGCAGUGGGAGGUUUUGGAUAGUAUGCUUGCUCAGUAUGGUGCUGUAGAGAGCUGUGAACAAGUAAACACUGACACAGAGACUGCAGUAGUCAAUGUUCGAUAUGCAGCCAAGGACCAGGCCAGGCUGGCAAUGGAGAAGCUAAACGGAUCAAUGAUGGAGAACUAUGCCUUGAAAGUAUCUUAUAUCCCAGAUGAGACAGCUGCACCAGAGGGUCCUUCACCGGGGGGUCGCAGAGGCUUUAACGCCCGUGGACCCCCUCGUUCUAGCUCUCCAGGUCUGGGUGCCCGGCCCAAAGUUCAGUCAGACAUCCCGCUGCGUGUUCUGGUUCCCACCCAGUUUGUAGGGGCAAUCAUCGGCAAGGAGGGCGCCACUAUCCGCAACAUCACCAAACAGACCCACUCAAAGAUUGACAUCCAUAGGAAAGAAAAUGCAGGUGCAGCAGAGAAGCCCAUCACAAUUCACUCCACCCCCGAAGGUUGUUCGAACGCCUGCAGAACAAUCAUGGAGAUCAUGCAGAAGGAAGCCCUUGACACAAAGUUUACUGAGGAGAUCCCACUGAAGAUCCUUGCACACAACAACUUUGUAGGAAGAUUAAUUGGGAAGGAAGGACGCAACCUAAAGAAAAUUGAGCAGGACACGGGGACCAAGAUCACAAUCUCACCUCUCCAGGACCUGACCCUGUACAACCCAGAGCGGACCAUCACAAUAAAGGGCGCCAUUGAGGCAUGCGCGAGUGCAGAGGAGGAGGUGAUGAAGAAGAUCAGGGAAUCGUAUGAGAGCGACAUGGCUGCUAUGAAUCUCCAGUCAAACCUGAUUCCAGGUUUGAACCUGAACGCUCUGGGUUUGUUCCCCAGUGGAACACCAGGCAUGGGUCCCUCCAUGUCCAGUGUCCCACCUCCUGGAGCCCACGCUGGAUGCUCAUCAUUUGGAUGCAGUCCUUAUGGGGGUGAGGGGCCAUUUUGGGCUUCUAUGCUGUCGGCGAGCAGCCAGCCCCUUGCUCAGGGACACCCAGAGUCGGAGACAGUUCACCUGUUCAUCCCUGCGCUUGCAGUGGGAGCCAUCAUUGGAAAACAGGGUCAACACAUCAAACAGCUGUCACACUUUGCCGGAGCCUCAAUCAAGAUUGCCCCCGCAGAAGGGAUGGAUGCCAAACAGAGGAUGGUCAUUAUCGUUGGACCACCAGAGGCUCAGUUUAAGGCUCAGUGUCGCAUUUUUGGCAAGCUGAAGGAAGAGAAUUUCUUUGGACCCAAAGAGGAGGUGAAGCUGGAGGCUCACAUCAAGGUUCCCUCCUUUGCUGCUGGACGGGUCAUCGGAAAGGGUGGAAAAACGGUAAACGAGCUGCAGAACCUGACCUGUGCAGAAGUGGUGGUGCCCAGGGACCAGACGCCUGACGAGAAUGAUCAGGUCAUAGUCAAGAUCAGCGGCCACUUCUUUGCAUGCCAGCUGGCCCAGAGGAAGAUUCAGGAGAUCCUAGCCCAGGUGAGGAGGCAGCAACAGCCUAAGCCCACAUCUGGAGCCCAACCUCCACUGCCCCGUAGGAAGUAAAGAUCUAGCGGAGGAAUGGUGACUGAAUCUGCCAGAAGACUAGACAGUUGGAUAGAUGCAGCAGAGUCCAGGGGGAGAAGAAGACAAGGGGUUGUAAUGCUCAUCUCAGGGGUCAGAGGUUAUCAGAACCCAACCAAACAUCCACCCCUCCUUGUCUUACUUGAGCUUUCAAGUGUGGCUAAGAGACUCUACACCUCUAAACCCCCACCCACCUUACCUCUCUGCAUCUCUGUGAGAAUGUACUUUUGAGGGCUCCCAACGUCACCUGCCCUCACAUGUGCGCACCCCUCGACCGCUCUCCUCCUCCCCCCACGGGUGUGUUCAAAAAUUAUUUUUUUCCUCUUUUUACACUAGAAACACAAAGAAGAAAUAAGGAUCCCCCUCCUAUCACCUCUUUGGUGUGGUACUUCAAACCUGACAAGAUGUUUUUGGUUGACUUCAGAUUUAGUUGACACUUUUUCUUUUUUUUUCAGUGUUCAAUUGGUUGAUGAAGCUUUCUCAUGAGUUUUCUGUGGAAAGGAAAAGGCAUUGCUAUCAAGGUCCUGGUCGGACCAACAGAGAGGUUUAUUUGGGGGGAGGGUUGGCUCAGGUUGGUUGGGCCAUGUUUAGGGGAAAGAUUCUUGUUUCAGGACAGGACCCCUGAAAGGGUGGAUUAUAUUGGGCGUCCUGCCCUUGUAAUGAUAGUGGCAUUUUAUAAAUUCGGAUGCAUUUUAUAGAUAGACCUAUAUACAUAGAUGAAUAUAUAUUUAGAGGUGAGGGCAGCGCCAUGACUGACACUUAGGGAAACGGUGCCGAACUGCUGCUGCCCAGGAAAACCAAUUUAAUAUGCAUUUUACUUAACUACCUCAGGAUCUAGUACCUCAGAAGAGAAAAGAAAAUGAUUAUAUAUAUAUGAAAAAAUGUUCCUUUCUUUUUUAUUUUGCUUUUGUGGUAUUUUGUAUACUUUAUAAAGCUGAUAGUCUUUGAACAUUUUUAUUUUUUUAAGAAAAUUUAAAAUUUGGUCAGCUGCCAACUGACCUUCCUUCAACUCUGGUGCUUUAGGUGGCAUUGUACAUGUGUAUGUGUGACUUAAGAUGACCCUGUACAUAAAGUCUAUUUGUACAUAGCGGCCCCGGAGCAAGAGUUGGCGCCCCCUCAGCUGGCGGCUGACAGGAGUAUCCAGAGAAAAUCGCCUCAGUUUUUCCCCUGAGGGUCCACCAUCUUCUGAAAAAAAGUACAAAAUGACUAAGACAUGCAAAUAAUGCCAACCGUACAUAAUUGCAGCAAUGCCAUUUAGUUUUGGGAUUGACAUUGUUAUUGGUAAUGGUACUUUAAUUUGUCAAAAAGAUUUCCUUUUUCGCCUUCCUAGGAGGGCUGUGGUCAGGGCAGUACAGGAUGGACUGUAAUGGUUCCCUCUGUAGCUGCCCUAGAGUUAGCAGAGCGUCUGUUUUUUGUCUGUUCUGUUCCCAGGCCAUCUGCCACCACCUUGACAAUAGUGUCUUAGCAAGGUCCAAGCCCGACUAGGUUUAUUUUCAUAGAGCAAGCUUUGUCAGUUCGGAGUGGCCCUUGUAGCCAGGCCAUCAAGUCAAUGUUAACGUUGUUCACUGCAUGGUGAGGGUAGGGGGAGUCGCACUGAUAGAUGCAUUUUUUUUUUUUUUUGCUAUA